AUGACAUUAUCCCGCGAGAAAUCAGAGGAUUUAGAAACACAAGCGGACUCGGUUAUCCGGAAAUUUGCCUACAAUAGACGCUUGGAAUUUAUCCAAUUACUAUUCGACGUCAAGCCGGAAAUUCUCACCAGCUUCCCUGGGAUCGAAUCAUACUGCCACUAUUUAGAGCAUGACGCUUUCCCGUCACUGAUGGACCCAGCCUUUGGCUUGAUCUGGGAAUUGAUAUCCUGCACAAAAACCAAAGAGAUUACAGAUUGUUGGGACUGGAGUGUUGCAGUGUUGCGGUUGAUACAGUCAGAAUCACCCGAAGUCAGCAUAGACGACAUAGCAGAGUGCCUCGACGAGCGAAGUGGUGCCUCCAAAACGCAUAUAAGAGCCCAGGAGACGGCCUAUCUUUACAUUGCCAUUUUUGGGGUUUUGUGCUGGUCAAGCCUAGCGAUGCGGCCUAGGUUGAUCUUCACAGAUUCUGUGCCGUCGAAUUUCGCAUGCCUCCUGCCGAACGGCGUCAAAUCGACAUCAACCCCCUCUACGAACAGGCUGAACGACAGAUGUAAGCGGCCACUCAUGACCAUCUUUCGGGCAUUCAAGUCACAAAACUGGGGUGGCCAGUCCCGCGAACGCAUAGUUGAUAGAUCGAGACCUCGAGAAACGGAUAGCUUGUACGAGGCAAGCCUUAACAUCUACUCUUUACGCUACUUUGGACACGUCUCGAUUCAAUGGACCGAUACCAUCAGCGAGCAUCUACGGUUCAAUCCAGCUAAUCGUCGGCUGUCCUUGUUUCGCUUCCCCACAUUCUGCGCAUUGCUUGCUACCCAUGGAGACAACGUUUUCCCGGUGAUUCAAAGUGUUUAUGAGCAACUCGACCCUUUGUCCCCAGAGGAGAAAGACCAGUGCUGCGUCAGUCUAGCGCAAGAAAUUAUCCUCUCCUACCGCCUUCUGUUUGGACAAGAUGGCAAGUCCAGGAAGGUUGCACGUGAGGAAAUCUGCAAGUUGAAGAACUCGUCCGCAGACCAAGUGGUGGACAGAAUGCUCUCGGAUCUCUGUGAAUGCAAGUACGAGCGCGGCAGUAGGUGGUGGAAGACAUACGACACAACUUUGCAAAGCUAUCCAUCCGAGAUAUGGCCAAUCACCUGUCGGACCAUGGAAGGUCAACUCCAGCAAAGUGACGUGUAUAGCUCUCGAGGUGAUUUCCCGAGGCUCGGACCACGGUUGAUCAGGCUCCAGCAGUUCAAUACACGUCAGAGACCUAGCAAGCUGACUGAUUUGUGGUGCGACAGGCGUAAUCCUUUACAAUGGUACACUUUCUGGGCUGUGUUACUGGUUGGGGGAGCAGCGAACAUCCUGGCGGCACUUCAGCUUCUGGUCUCCAUUGCCGCAUUGAAGUUCUAG